AUGGGAAAUAAGGGAGGAAGAGGCAGGAGGGGUGCUGACCCGAAAACAAGCUGUCAGAAGCAGAGGCAAAUGACAAUGAACGAAAAGGCCAGUCAAUUGUACGUCAAGAAACUUGCAGAUUGUAAAAUAUCGAGACUGAAGGAUGGAAAUGAGACAGCAGCCGAAAUUCUUAUUACCGAGAUUAAAGAGGCCGUUCAGAGCGAGCUGGUGAGUCAAGUGUCGGACGCCGAGCCUUAUUGCGUGGACGACCUCGCGCAGACCAUCAAGAGUCACAGCAAAAAUGCCACGACGCAAACCAUGUACCACGAUUGGGCGGGCUAUUCGGGAGUUCAAGAUUUCGGUAAUAGCAGACAGGAUAGCAAUAAUAUGUAUGCUGAUUAUCACGUCGAAGACGUAGAGAUGAUGGUAGAGCCUUACGAAAAGGUUCAGGAUUUGGAAAUGGUCGAAGACAAUAAUUUUAACAUCUUCAAUUUUCAUCAUUUAUGUUGGCAUCCUACGUGGACAGGUUAUUGCGCAGUAUCCGUUUCAUUGACGGAGCCAAACGAAAAGUUUACUGAUAUUAAAAUUUUAAUUUGGUCAUUAGAAAACCCCUCGGCGCCAAAAAUCAUUUUAAAAUCAAAAGCCAAGGGGACUGUGGAAACUCUGUCUUAUUGCCCGUAUAACGACAGUGAAAAUCGUACUAUUGUUGUCGGCGGUCUCUCCAAUGGUCAAAUUUUGAUCUGGGAUCUAGGAAUAACCAAUAUUAAUAGUGAUGAAAACGACCAAAAAGAGAUAUGGCCGUGCAUUCAUUCCGACGAACAGCAUUGCCAGAAAUCAAGUUUCAAAAGUAUCGAGUGGCUUGCAGCCAAUCAUCACAUUAACGAAACGGGACAGAUACAAGUUUUUCGGGGUCAAAAUGGCACCGACUUUUUAAAGGAUCCAAAUUUGCAAUUCGUCGCAGCAAGCCAAGAUAUGACGAUUUCCUUUUUCGAUCUCAAGUGGCAGCCAAGCCGUGGCGUUAAAGAGAUAAAUAAAAAGGAUGUUAAAGACUUAGGUACUUUUAACGAGGAAUCGCCGUAUUACAAACUCAACGGAAUCUGGCGGCCAGUAUUCAAAGUAUUUGUAAAUUUUCAAAUCACUACCAUGUGUUGCAUAUUUGUUCCCGUGCAACCAGAACUCAAAUCCAACAUGGACAUCGAUUUUUUUUUAAAAAAUAGCGAGUGGACCGAAGAUCCGUUUCAAUCUCAAAAGUUUACCAAAAACAUAUUUAAUUACGAGUGGCAAUUGGAGGAGAGCAAAGUGAAAAAUCAUUACGCCUGCUACGAGAACAACAAAAAUACUCUCAAAUCCGACAAAGUCGGGGACUCGAGCGGCAACGACGACAACGACGACGAUACGAAAGUAAAAUUAGUGAGACCGAAAAUGUUUAUUGGUACGGAGGACGGCAGGCAUCUUUACGUAACGUGGCAAGGUUUCCAUACCGACGUCAUCAAUUCGCAGCAUUGUAAAAUAGUGUACGAGUAUCCCGAGGAGAAACCCGAUAAACCGAGGCCGGUGACGCACGCAAUACGCUCGCCUUUUUUUCACGACAUCUUGCUCACCAUCAAUGGGGAAAAAGUCUACAUAUGGCGAGUGGAUAACCCACUGCCGUGCUUCGAAUACAAUAACGAGAUGAACCCGAACAUAACUUACACCUCAGGAUGCUGGGACAGAAGAGAUGCCAGCGUGAUAUUGCUCGGCACGUCGAACGGUGACAUUGAAAUUUUGGAUCUAAAAAUCCAACAGGACAUCUUGAAAUGCUCGAUUCCGAAGCAGAUAAAGUGGAAGAAGAUCGUCAACACCGUUAUACUGGGCGAGAUCACGGGAUUCUAUCCGCAUGCGAUACCUCUGCAACCGUUAGUCAUCGUCGUGAGCGACGUCAAGGGAGGCCUGAAAAUUUACAAAGCCAAGGGAAAGAAAUAUCGCGUCCUAAAAGAGAUCGUCGAUUACGGCACGCGCAACGAGCGCGUACUGCGCGAGCUCGAGAUAAACGACAAGGAAUGGCUGCGAGAAUUCAUUAACGGACGGACGAGCGAUGUGCUCAUAAAACAACUGAACGACAAAUUCGAGGAGUCGAUGGGCGAACAAUGA